CAAAGGAUGGCAAAGGCCUUUCCAUCAGUCCAAAAAUUGAGAUUGGGCAAGCCUUCUCCUGAGCUAACUUCGCUUUAUGGUGAAGACAGUUUCUCCAGACUCUCCGAGCUAAGUCUUUUGCAAUCGUUUGAUCCGAAAGAGGCGAUUUUCCUCUCAUCUUUUAUCCGCCAAUUGUCCCUACAUGAUGGAACUGAGCUCUCUGAUCUCCUUUGUAUGCUAAUAGCACCUUCCGUAGAACGGCUCAUUAUUAAAAGGUAUUGGAGGGGACUGAAUUCGAAUCCGUCCAGGAAUAUCCCCAAGCUGCAUCCUAGAAACUGGCCAUCGCUCACCACCUUGAUUACUCCCAUUUCUAUCAUAUCUGGUAAAGAGAGCCGAUUCAUCUUUCUCAGGGAUAUGGAACUUUGGGCGUAUUAUGACCCGAUAUAUUGCAAUGACUACGAUGGAGGUGUAACUAGGCUUUUCAAAGAGAUGGCGAUCAAUACGACUAACUUUCCUGCGUUGGAAAGCUUGACGCUUCCCUUUUUCCCUGAUGGGACACUACCAGUGUUUUGUCCGAAAGCGUUGCUGGGUGCUAUCCAAAUGUUAUUGACAGGUAAAUUUUCAGAACAAUUUACCAGAUACGAAUUAUCAUUUCAAG